UGACAAAAAAUUCAGUUCUUAAGCUUCCUCUGCAUAGUCAAUAGCAAUUGUGAGACCGAGUGAUUUUUUAACACACAGAGAGAGAGAGAGAGAGAGAGAGAUGGAUUUCACAGAGCUGAGAGAAGCCAUAGAGGAAGUGGAGCUAGUUGACGGCCACGCUCACAACAUCGUCGCUCUCGAUUCCACCUUCCCUUUCAUCCGUGCCUUCUCUGAAGCCGAAGGCGACGCGUUAUCCUACGCGCCUCACUCCCUCUCCUUCAAGAGAAAUUUAAGGCAUAUUGCUGAACUGUAUGGAUCUGAGUUAUCCUUGCAAGGGGUUGAAGAAUACCGUAGACUCUCUGGAUUACAAUCCAUUAGCUCAAUAUGCUUCAGAGCUGCAAGAAUAUCUGCCAUUCUUGUUGACGAUGGGAUUGAAUUUGACAAAAAGCAUGACAUAGAGUGGCAUAAAAGUUUUGCACCAGUUGUUGGUAGAAUAUUGAGAAUUGAACAUUUGGCUGAGAAAAUUCUUGAUCAAGAGUUGCCAAAUGGAGGUGCUUGGACAUUGGAUACGUUCACUGAAACUUAUCUGGAAAAGUUGAAGUCAGUGGCUAAUCAGAUUUUUGGCUUAAAAAGCAUUGCUGCAUACCGCAGUGGAUUAGAGAUAAAUACAAAUGUCACUAGAAAAGAUGCUGAGGAAGGUCUUUCUGAAAUUUUAAGUGCUGGGAAGCCUACUCGCAUUAUGAAUAAAAGCUUUAUCGACUAUGUCUUCACUUGUAGUUUGGAGGUUGCUCUAUGCUUGGACUUGCCGAUGCAGAUACACACAGGUUUUGGGGACAAAGACUUGGAUAUGCGGCUGUCCAAUCCCCUUCAUCUCCGGAUGCUUCUUGAGGACAAGAGAUUUUCUAAAUGUCGUAUAGUACUUUUACAUGCAUCCUACCCAUUUUCAAAGGAAGCAUCAUAUCUGGCCUCUGUUUAUUCCCAGGUGUACCUCGACUUUGGGUUGGCAGUUCCUAAGCUUAGUGUCCAUGGGAUGAUAUCUUCAGUCAAAGAGCUUUUAGAGCUGGCCCCAAUAAAGAAGGUGAUGUUCAGCACUGAUGGUUAUGCGUUUCCUGAAACUUUCUACUUAGGUGCAAAGCAAGCACGUGAAGUUGUCUUUUCUGUUUUACGUGAUGCAUGCGUUGAUGGUGAUCUCUCAAUUGCUGAAGCUAUUGAAGCUUCUAAAGAUAUCUUUGCCCAGAAUGCAAUUCAGUUUUACAAGAUUAAUUUAUCUCUUGGUUCAAAGCAUGCAGUAACUCCUAACUCUCUGAAAAUUAAGACCAGUGCAUCACAUAAUGAUGUCUCGCUUGUUCGCAUUAUCUGGGUAGAUGGUUCAGGACAGCACAGAUGUCGUGUUGUUCCAUCGAUGCGCUUCAGCAAUGUUAUUAAGAAGAAUGGUGUUGGUUUGACAUUUGCAAGUAUGGGAAUGACUUCUUUUGCCGAUGGUCCAGCUGAUGAGACCAAUCUAACUGGAACGGGUGAGAUCAGACUAAUUCCUGAUUUGUCAACCAAGUUCAGAAUACCAUGGAAAAAACAGGAGGAAAUGGUUUUGGCUGACAUGCAUCUUAAACCUGGUGAAGCAUGGGAGUAUUGCCCAAGAGAGGCCUUGCGAAGGGUUACAAAAAUUCUGAAAGAUGAAUUUAACUUGGAAAUGAAUGCAGGAUUUGAGAAUGAGUUUUUCCUCUUGAAGAGUGUACUAAGGGAAGGGAAAGAAGAAUGGAUGCCAGUAGACUCAACACCUUACUGCUCUACAUCAGCAUUUGAUGCUAUGUCCCCCUUACUUCAAGAAGUUGUUGCGGCUCUUGAUUCCUUGAAUGUCACAGUGGAACAGUUGCAUGCAGAGGCUGGGAAAGGUCAAUUUGAGAUGGCACUGGGUUAUACUGCUUGUACUAAUGCUGCUGACAAGUUGGUUUUCACCCGUGAGGUUAUUAGGGCUGUUGCAAGGAAACAUGGAUUACUGGCAACUUUCAUGCCAAAGUAUGCUUUAGAUGACAUUGGUUCAGGGUCCCAUGUGCAUAUCAGUUUGUAUCAGAAUGGAGAAAAUGUUUUUAAGGCAUCUGGUGGAACUUCUCAGUAUGGAAUGUCCACCGUUGGGGAGGAGUUCAUGGCAGGGGUUUUACAUCAUCUUCCUGCAAUAUUGGCAUUUACAGCACCUGUUCCAAAUAGUUAUGAUCGAAUAGUACCAAAUACAUGGAGUGGAGCAUACCAGUGCUGGGGAAAAGAAAACAGAGAAGUUCCAUUGAGAACUGCAUGCCCACCUGGAAUUCCAGAUGGAUUGGUCAGCAACUUUGAAAUUAAAUCAUUUGAUGGGUGUGCAAAUCCGUACUUAGGAUUGGCUGCUAUAGUUGCUGCUGGCAUUGAUGGGCUUCGGAGGCAUCUUUCUCUCCCUGAACCUGUUGAUACAAACCCAGAUAGCCUUGCUGAUAAACUUCGUAGAUUGCCAGCAUCACUUUCUGAAUCUUUAAAGGCUCUCCGGAAUGAUAGUGUCUUGACAGAUCUAAUUGGUGAAAAGCUUUUGGUUGCCAUAAAAGGAAUUCGCAAGGCAGAGAUUGAUUAUUACUCAAAGAACAAGGAUGCAUACAAGCAACUUAUAUACCGAUAUUAAGCUGAUUAUGUUCUGGUUCGGCUUAGGUUGGUCAUUAAUUAUGAAGAUUUCGAGGAUACUCUUAUUUGUGAACUCUCUAUUCUACUAAUUGCUCAUUUUCAACUUAGAAGGAAAGCACCAAGUUUGGAACAAGCAGUGCUUCUAUCCCUCACCUCAUUGUUGAUCAGUUGGUGCAUGUAUAAUUGGAAUCAGUCUUAACCCGAUGGUGGCGCAAAACAUUGGCAUGUAGCCUUUCAAAGCAGUGGACAAAUUUAUUUUCUUUGUUCUUGAAUAUGACUCUUCAAUACAAGUGUAUGUGUGUGUACAUGUUUGGGUCAUUUUUAUGUAUCAAUCUUACAACUAUAAGAUCUAAUGGCAGGAAAUAAAGGACAUUUUUCCCAUCUAA